AUGAAGAAGAUCGAGUACGGCCUCUUCAGCCUCGCACGCCUGCUCCAGCUCGGGUUCGGAGAAGCAGGAGCGAGGGUCAUCUCAAGGACGCUUGCGAGCGGGACCAUCUCGGCGCUGGACACGAACAAGCCCGGCUCGAUCGUCAACGCCUUCUUCGGCUUCUGCGACAUCAGGAACUUCACGUCGCUCACGGAGGUGCUGCAAGCCGACGUGGUGAAGCUCGUCAACGGGGUGGCGCGGAGGCUCCACGACAGCGUCGUUGAGUUCCAUGGGGAUCCAAACAAGAACAUCGGGGACGCUUUCUUGGUGGUGUGGAAGCCCAAGAAGGGGAUCGAAACGAUCCAGGAUGUGGCAGAUGCCGCGCUCAAGUCAUACAUCCAGUGCAUGCUGGAAAUUGCAAGGGACACAAAGCUCAACGCGCAAAUCAGCCGGCCUGCCGUUCAGGAGCGAAUGCCGGGCUUCACAAUCAGGAUGGGGUUCGGACUUCACUUUGGGUGGGCUGUUGAGUGUGUGAUUGGCUCCAAACACAAGGUGGAUGUGUCUUACCUCAGUCCGGACGUCAACAUGUCCUCUCGCCUCGAGGCAGCCACCAAGCAGUACGGCGUCUCCAUCCUCAUGUCCGGCGACGUCGUCGGCCUCCUCUCUACCGACGCUCAGCGUCUCUGCCGCCGCGUCGACCGCGUGACCGUCAAGGGGAGCAAGUCGCCCAUCGAUCUCUACACCUUCGAUGAGCCGACGCUGGUCAGUCAGGGAGGGACCGUCCCCGACGACGUCGACUUCUCCUCCAUCCGCUCCAACCAGAGCUUCUUCUCCGUUGUCCGCCCUCGAACGACCUCCGAGUUCCGCAAGGAGUUCGAGCAGGCGAUCUCCCUUUACCUCGGCGGCAUCGACGGCUCGCUGGCGGACUGGGAGGAGGCGCAGGUCAGGCUGGAUCGUUGCCUUGAGAUGGAGCCCUUCGACGGUCCCACACGAGCCAUCAAGACUUACAUAGAGGAGGCGUCGGUGAUUCCGAAGGAGAUGAGGAAGAGGUGGAAGGGGUACAGGGCCUUAGAGGAGAAGUGA